GUGGCCGUGUGGGUUGGCGGUCUCGAAUCUGCCUCCAAAAUUGGAACCAUUCAAAGUGUCUCUGUUUGUGAGUGUGUGUGUGUGUGGGUGACGAUGGCGACGGCGACGGAGGGAACCGAAACCAACGACGACGGUGCUCGUCCAUGGCAAUCCUACCACACUGUUUAUACAACUGCCAAAGCAGGAAUGGAUGGUGUGGACAAGGAGAAAGUACAAAGGACAGUGUAUGAAAUGAGCAAAGGAUCUAAGUAUUUUCAGAACGAGGAACGCAAGGACGCUUUUAUUACCCAGAAGAUCGACAAACUCCGAACUCAAUGUGAUAAGCUUACCCAAGCAGACCUAUCCCAUUUUCAGAAGGUAGCUGACCGAAGAAUACUUGAGCUAGAAGCUUUGCGGGAUCUUUCAAGGAUUUGGUUACAUGUAGAUAUGGAUGCUUUCUAUGCAGCGGUUGAGACUUUAAGUAACCCUACAUUAAAGGGCAAGCCAAUGGCUGUUGGUAGCAUGUCUAUGAUAUCCACUGCCAAUUAUGAGGCUAGGAAAUUUGGGGUUCGUGCUGCUAUGCCUGGGUUCAUUGCACGUAAACUUUGUCCAGAAUUAAUAUUUGUCCCCACAGAUUUCAAGAAGUAUACCCAUUACAGUGAUUUGACCAGAACAGUUUUUCGGAGGUAUGAUCCCAAUUUUAUGGCUGCUAGCCUUGAUGAAGCAUACCUUGAUAUAACUGAAGUAUGCAAAAGAAGGAACAUCAAAAGUGAAGAAAUUGCGGAAGAACUCCGCACUAGUGUUUAUGAAGAGACCGGUCUCACAUGUAGUGCAGGAGUGGCACCAAAUCGCCUACUUGCCAAGGUUUGCUCAGAUAUUAACAAGCCAAAUGGACAGUAUGUCUUACCAAAUGAUCGUAUGGCUGUUAUGACCUUCAUAUCCUCCCUUCCUAUCAGAAAGAUUGGGGGCAUUGGUAAGGUCACUGAACAUAUUCUGAAGGCUGUAUUUGGAAUUAACACGUGUGAACAGAUGCUGGAGAAGGCUAGCUACCUCUGUGCUCUUUUCUCUCAGUCAACAGCAGUUAGACUGGAGUUUGUGCAUGAAGUUCUGUUGUAUAAAAAAUUAGCGGAGCUUGCUGAAAUACUGUCCACAGACAUGCAAAAAGAGGGUCUCUGUGGGCGAACGUUGACUCUUAAACUGAAAACUUCUUCCUUCGAGGUUCGGACUAGAGCCAUGACUUUACGAAAGUACAUAAGCUCGAGGGAGGAUAUCUUGAAGCAUGCUUCGGAGCUUCUAAAAGCAGAACUUCCUCUUUCAGUAAGAUUGAUAGGCCUUAGGAUGUCACAUUUUGAUGGAGACAAGUAUGGUGGCUCAACAUCUAAUCCUAAACAAAAGACUAUCACCGACUUCAUUGCUUCUGUAGAUGCCGAUAGGAACCAUUUUUUGCCAGAUGUUGCAGAUCAUGAUUUUGUCAGCCAUACAGAGACUAAUGUUUCCAUUGGCAGUUGCCAAACAAGCAGAGAUUCUGCUGAUGGGAAUCAUUCAUCUGAUGUAAACUGCCAAAGUGGCACUGGCUGGAGUUCAGAGGAGAUACAAACAUCUGGCAACAAUGCUUCAUGUUCUAACUAUGGCCAAGUUAAAGAAGCGGUGGAAUCAACUUUUCCAAUUCAGGGACAGUUUGAAGACACUAGUACACUAAAUUUGUCUAAUCUCCUGGACGAUGAGCGACUUAGUUCUUGCGAGGAUAAGACAAUGUUGUGGUUGAAUGACUACAAAUGUUCACUUUGUGGAAUAGAACUGCCUCCUAGUUUUGUUGAGGAAAGAUUAGAGCACUCUGAUUUUCAUCUUGCCGAAAAGCUUCAAAAGGAAGAAUCUCGGAUUCACCAAAGAACAUCUGUUUCAAGUCGAAGCUGGGAUCAGAAGAACAGAAUCACUAGAGAAAGCAUAUCCAAGAAGCAAAAGUUGUCUCAGAAAGAAGGCAGUUACAGACCCAUUGAUUAUUUCUUUUUGUUAAAGAGCAAUAAAAACCGUCCCAGUUAGUUUUGUACAUUAGUUAAUUAUGUACAAAACUAUAUUAUGUAAUUAUGGUACAUUGUGUAACACUAAUGCCCCAGCCCAGAAAAACAAAAAAAAAACCCCACGCCCUCGAAAAUUGAUUUAUUCCACCUGUAAAUUAGUUAAUAGCAUAAACCUUGAUGAAUAAAAUGGUUUCCCUCAUGGAACGCUGCAAGUUCACAAUUACAGUUACUAGUACGGUUUUAAUGUGAAUGGACGAU